AUGAUUACCGUUGGGCACUCGUUGGUCUUUGCUGUGGGGAUCCUAGGCAACAUCUUGUCUUUCCUGGUCACCCUUGCACCAGUGCCGACGUUCUACCGCGUGUACAAGAAGAAGUCGACGGAGUCGUUCCUGUCGGUGCCGUACGUGGUGGCGCUGCUGAGCGCAAUGCUGUGGCUCUACUACGCGCUGCUGAGCAUGGACGUCCUCCUCUCCAUCAACGCCAUCGCCUGCGUCGUCGAGUCCGUCUACCUCGCCAUCUACCUCGUCUACGCGCCCAAGGAUGCAAUGGUUUUCAACAUGAAAUUGCUGUGCAUCAUGAACAUGGGGCUCUUCGGGGCCAUGGUCGCCUUCCUGCAGUUCUACGUCGAGGGCCAGCGCCGCGUCUCCAUCGCCGCCGGCAUCGGCGUCGCCUUCGCCCUCGCCGUCUUCGUAGCGCCUCUCGCCAUCAUCCGUCAAGUGAUCCGGACCAAGAGCGUCGAGUUCAUGCCCUUCUGGCUCUCCUUCUUCCUGACCAUCAGCGCCGUCGCCUGGUUCUUCUACGGCCUCCUCUUGAAAGAUUUAUUCGUCGCGAUGCCCAACGUGCUGGGCUUGCUGUUCGGCCUGGCCCAGAUGUGGCUCUACUUUGUGUACCGGAACCCCAAGAAGAACGGCGCCGUGUCGCAGAUGCAGGUGGUCGCGCUCGCGCAGGCCGCCGCCGACGCCGAGAAGGAGCCGCAGCAGCAGGUGCGCCAGCAGGUCCACGUCGCGGCGACCCUCGACGCUGACGGGGAGGCCAGGAUGAGCGCCGACGACGGCGCCAACAAGGACGAUGUCGUCGUCGUCGACAUCAUGCCGCCGCCGCCGCCGCCACUGGCGCCUCCGGCCGUGAUCAUCCCGCAGCCGAGGACCGUGGAGGUGGUCUGA